AGAGCCCGAAAUGCUUGUACGCCAUGCCGAGAGAGAAAGCGAAAAUGCGAUGGCAAGGAGCCUUGUCAUAGCUGUGCAAAGGCCAAUUACGAAUGCAAAUAUGACCAUCGUCCCCGAACAAGACGACCUGCUCGAAAGAGUCAUUCAGAAAAGUCAUGCGAGUCUUCACAGACAAAACCCACAGUGAUGGCCGCUCAAUCUACACCACAGCGACUGUCAACCGACAUUAAUUCCGCUGGCGUAUUAGCCAAAAGAUUGGGACUUCCAUUAACAGACUCAACGGUCCCUGGGGGCCUGCGCUUGUUUGCAUGGAAUUUGGGCAUUCGAGAGACUCAUAGCGAGUAUCUUUCACCAUUGCCACUACGCGAGAUUUUGACUGUGGUCAAUAUGCAAGAAUUAGCAGCAGUCUACUUCGCCGAGGUUCACACCGCGUAUAACUUUAUGGAUCGUGACAUGGUUGACGCUGCAAUUGAAAGCAUUCCCGAUCAGCAACUAUUUGAUCCCUUGCAAUGUGUGUGUCUUGGGAUUGCCGCGCUGGCAUGCCUGUUCAGCCCACAACCGAAUGAUAUCGAGACACAGAUUGUGCACAGUGCCCGCGCUACCUUGGAAUAUUCAACGACAUUAGAAAUCCCAUCAGUGGACCAUGUGACCGGGUGGCUACUCCGAGUCCUUUAUUUGCGACUCACCAGCUCACCACAUGCAGCAUGGAUGGCUAGCUGCACGCUGAUGCAUAUGGUGGAAACGACCAACCUGCAUCUGGAGCCAUCUGGAGGCGCCCCGACCGCCACAAGUACGAGUCAUAGUGCGGAUUUCAGACGACGACUCUACUGUGUUUCGCAGAUAUUCCACAUGUGGAUAUCCUACGACUACGGCCGCUCGAGAGUGAAUUUACGUGGGGCCUCCUGCUCACUUCCAACGGAAGGCUGGACGGCAGACCACGUCACGGUAUGGCAGCUAUCCGACGCUCUUGACGUGGAUAAAUAUCUAGACGCAACAGAGCUUGAAGGCCUCCUUCGAAAAGCUGUCGCAUUGAAUCUCUCCCAUCCGUUGCUACAGCUCAAGCGCUGCAGUAUUGGCAUGUGCAUCUAUCGCAGACUCCGAGUCUCCGGACGGACUGUAACGAGUGAUGCAAUCACCCAAGUCCUUCAGCUGGCUACAGAAGGUGUCGACACGGCCAUGGAUCUGGCCUCCAAGCGUUCUCCCUGGUGGCAUAUUGCCCACGUGCCCUUUCAAGUCAUUUGCGUUCUUCUGGCGAUUGAUACUCGGCCUGCGCUGGAGGGUGUGAAGAAAUCGUUUCGUGCGCUACAAGUGAUUUCAGGAUGUUAUGGGACGAAUGUUCUGAAAGAGGCCGUUGCUAGCGCAAGUUGUAUAAUACGCGUGCAAUUGCAGCGGAAGAGGGAAGAAUAUGAUCUUUUGAAAAGCAUGGCUGGG